AGUACACAAGACACUAAAUGAUUAUCAUUCAAGUCACUUGGAUGAUUAAUGUAUUUGAGUUUUAACAGGCAUAUAUGAGACUUUACUGCAGAGCUAAUCAGUGUGACAAACAGCAGAGAAGGAGAGGCAGCCUGCUGGGUGUCCUGAUGUGGACUGGCUGAACAGAGGAGAAAACAACAACAAAAACAGCUGUCCUUCCCUGUGAGGAUCAAACUAUGGUCGGACAAUGAUCGUGGACUCCCCGGGGACUUGGGAAAGGGUCACUGGUGGUGCUCUGUGUGUGCAGAGGUUCUUGGAGGAGUGUUGCAUAUCCUCCACAACAAUCCGUGUCAUCUGGAGAUAUGUGUUGACUCCUGGCCUACAUUCACUACUGCCAUUUGUUACCGUCAAAAACAGCAUUUCAGCAGCAGCAGGAGCAGCAGCAUCUCCGGGAUGAUUCCUGACAUCUGCACCGUCUUCACCAAGAACCCAGAAACUCUGCGAAGUCUGCUGCUUAAUGAGAGAGUCGUAAACUGGAGGAGCGGACUCAUAUUCAGAGGUAUUCCUAACUCACACUGCCAUCUCAUCAAAGAGCUCGCCUCUCUCGGUGGGCUUGAUAUCACAGAAUAUGGGGGUUAUAACACCUUCAUCUACAGCAGCCUGCAGAAUAGGCACAGGCAAGAGAAGGUGUUGCUGCUGCCAAUUUCCACUCUGGACGAAUCCCACGCGGAGCUCGUUGACACACACUUGCCUUACGGAGGCAGCCAGGAGAGCCUCAACCACGUGAGAGCCUGUAUCCGCCAUCUGCCAAACCACUGUGUGACGGAUGAGACGGGCCGGCCUGUGUCCUGGAUGCUGUCUGAUGAGCUGUGUGAGCUGAGGAUGGCUUACACCCUACCAGAGUACAGACGGGCCGGUCACCUCCUGGCUCUGUCUCAGGCUCUGAUCCGCAGGAUGGGCUCUGCGGGUUUACCCGUCUACUGCCACGUCAACCAACAGAACCAGGCCACCAUUAACGCUGUGACCUCACUCGGCUUCUCUACGUGUCCCAGUAUGGAGGAGAUCUCAGUGCUGCUAAUAUUACUCAGGGGAUGCAGCGCUUUAGAGAGUUUAGUCCAUUUCUGACAGCGAACUGCAAGUAGAACAAACUCAAAAAUAACAUUUUUUGUGGCUUAAGGGUGGAUGUGAUGAAUACGCCAGCUGUGCUCCUUUUUACUCUGUAAAAAUGUCUUUCAUUGUGAAAUAAUGCUGUUCGGACAAUACAAGACUUCAGUUUGACUCUGUGGAGUGUGCCGAGGUAAAGACCCCCUUCAUCUGCAGAUCACCCAAAGAGGCUCUCAUCCACCUGGGACCCCUCCCUGGAGGUGAGCUGAUCCACUGCUGAUUGCCUCUCUGUGUUUUAGCAGCAAUGCACCAUUCAAGUCUGCAGGCAGGCAACCUGACAAAUGAGCAGCGAUCUGAGCAGAGGGGAUGCUCGUACUGCACCACACACUCCUGUCCCAUCCACAUCCCCCCGUCCCGCAGUGGUGCACCUCUUUUAACUGACACCCUUUCCUCGCUUUAAAGUGCUCUUCUCAAAGUCACACAAGUAGAGUACACACUAAGUACAUGCUUACUAAUGUGUAUGCAUCCAAAGACGUGGCUAGAAGAGUGAGUUAAUACGACCCUGUAUAUUUCUAGUGCUGCUUCUUUAUAGAAAUGUUGAUCUGUGUUUUAAUCAAGUUGCACAAAUUACCAUAUCCUUUUAAUACUUCAUAUAAUUAGUGAGUGUUUCAUGUUUGGUUUGGAAUAUUAUUAAUCAUCUUAAAGUAAACUUGUAAAUAGAGCUAAAACAAGUCAAGUCAGGUUUAUUCAUACAGCAUAUUAAAAAACAACAAAUGUUGACCAAAGUGCUUUACAACGAGAUUAAAUUAAGCAGAAAACUGUCAUAAAUAAGAGAAUAUGAGUAAAUAAAUAAAAGAGUAAAAUAUCUUGAUUAAAUUGUAAUGCAAACAGAAUUGCACAAAAACAAAAUGCAAUACAAGCAAAUGAAAACAAUUUAAUUGGCAACCAUUUUGAUAAUCAUUCAUUUAAAUCACCUUUAAAGCAAAAAAGCAAAGCAUUUGCUUCUUCCAGCUUCUCCAACGUGAGGAUUUGCUGCUUUUCUCUGAUUUUAUAUCACUGUAAAUUGAAUAUAUUUUUCAAUUGGACUGUUAGUUUGAAAAAACAUCUGAAUUUGUCACCUUUGGUUCUGUAAAACUGUGACAGGCAUUUUUAAUUAUUUUCUUAAAUUGUAUAGACUAAAUCAGUGAUUCCCAACCAUUUUCCUUAAGGGACCCUUUCCUUUUAUUGAGUAACUUAUGACCUCUGACUAAGUGACAUAUUUUGUGGAUAUUUCAUAUCAUAUUUAAUGCAUAACGACAACAGCACAGAACAACUGAUAAACUGUACAAUAAGCCCAGAUGGUGAAAACAAUUACUGCAGAAAGUUUGUGAAUUAAUUUUGAGCAGAUUAUUUUCCUGUGAUUAUUACAUUGGAGAAGAGUUUUCCUGAUAUUGUUAGGAAUGUCUUUAUACGGUUAUGUUUUUUUUGUUUGUUUUUAAAAAAAAUCAUACAUACUUAUAGGCUUCUUUUUUUCACAUAUUCAUUUUUCUUUUUUUCUCCCUGACUCUCAGCCAUUGUUCUAUCAGCUCUUUGUUUGUUAUAGCUGAAUAGUUUUCUAAAGCAAGACGAGCCUGUUAAGCACAGAGUGAAGGUUCUGUGAAUAUAGCUUGUCUUGUCUUUAUCUAUCUAUCUAUCUAUCUAUCUAUCUAACUAUAAAUUUUUUCUUACACCAGGUGUCAAACCUUAGUGACCUCUAGAGAGGUCGGGACCCCCAGGUUGGGAACCAGUGGACUAAAAUGAUUAAGCAGAAAAUAGUUUAAUUAUAGAGUGUAAUCGAUACAGAAAAUGAUGGUUAGCUGCAGCACCAGGUGUAAAUUCAGUGCACUAGACUGAAGAUUAACAGUUUGUGUAAAGGUUAAAAAAUAAAUACGUCAGUAUCGUAGGAGUGAAUGAUUUUCUACACUCCUUUGUCCGUGUGCUCUACUCUAACUGAGGAUUAUUUUUAUAACUGAUUUCUGCUUUACAAAGCUGGACUGCACAGGUCUUAUAUUGCAAGCCGUCUACUGAAAUAUGAGAUGUCUCCUCACCUACAGCUUGAAUCUAUUUGUGUGAGUGCCCAACCUCCAAUACAGUCAAAGAGGUGUAGGAUGAUAAAAAAAACAGCAUCAGGAGGGGUUUAUGCAGGCUGCAUCAGUUGCAGAUCUUUACUCAUCCCAAUGCAGAUUCGUGAGUCAGCUAAGAGGCAGAAAAAAAAAACUGAGAACAUGAAGUACCUGACGGCUGAACUAGUUCUGUGGCUUCAUCAGUAUGUUGCCUGCAACUGCAACCAUCACUUGAGGACAGCAUCCACCCACUGGUCCUCCUCAGAAACUGCAUCUCAGAUCAAGUGAGGAGCCGAGUGUCUGACGCAGCAUGCGAUCAUUCACCUUGGCUGCAAGUGCUGCUCGGACUUGCCUUGGUGCGGCUGUCCACACAUAACCCCCACCGACACCCUCCACCUCCUACCCCCCCAUAGAGGCAGUGUACUCUGCCAGCCAUGGAGUGGGACGUGCUAUCGAUCCUGCUGAAAUGAUGGUUUCUAAAAGGGAGGCAGUAAGCAUGUCUGCGCUCCCCUCCUCCACUGUGGAGGGGCCCUGAGAUAUCACCAAGCUCAGCACAUUGCACCAUCACCGCAUGGGAAAAUGGGAUUUUCACUGGGAGACGAGCUGAGGAGAAGGUAAUUCAAGCCGCCGAGCUAUGUUCCCCACCAAGGAUGUAAAACGAGCCAUAUUACCUUCAGACGCCUCACACAGUGGACAAAUAAGGUCAUUUUAAAUGUCCUAUUAAUUCCAGUCCUUGUCACGGAGAAAUCAGAUGCCAAACGGGGAAAAAUCUGCAUGAGUGCUGAAGUUAAGAAGGAAGUGAGGAGUGGGAGGAUGUUCAUUCAGUAGGCACCCAUUCAUCUUUGCAGCUUUUAACACUUGUUCAGGAUGAGCACGUGUGCCGUCAUGUGCCUCAUGUAUUGUAUCACUCUGUAAGCACUGUUAUUCUGAAUGAGUGAUAAAUGAAUGAAGUGCAGCUUUAUGCAGACAGUUAAUAACCUAGUGUGAGGCUCUGAACCUCAGGCAGGAGGUGUCUGAUCCAGAGGAGCCACUAGAUGGCAACAGUGUCCUAACAUAUACCAACACUCAGGUGAAAUUUGGUGCAUGUGUAUGCAGUGACUCACACAGGGCUGCAGAUUUAGAGGAAAUUCUGAGCAGGCUUUUAUAGUUGUGAGUGCCCGCUACACAAAAUAACACUAAAUAGGAGCUGACAAUUAUUCGUUACAGGGAAAAAAUGACUGUGCUUGUUUCCAUUUCCUUUUAUGAAUGAACUGUGUUGCUGUAAAGGAGCUCCUGUUACUGAUGACAUUUGCUUGGAAGAUGAGGAGUGACUGCAUCAGUCAUCCUGCUCAUGAAGGUCACGCGUGCAGGCUGCAUCAUCCUUGUCAGUCCAAAUCUCCUGUCAGUCACCAUACUCGACAUUCCCCUGGGGUCACUGUGUCAGUCAGCGGAGUGUGAUUUUGACUUGCUGAGCAGCAGUGACUGACGUUUAGGAUCUCCACUCGUCUUAACAUUUUCAUUUUCUGCUUUUUUGAAACCGUGUCAGCGAGGGACUGCACAGCCUCAAGGUCAAGUGUAACAGCAAAGUGUCCCAGUGUGUCAGUGUGUGAGCAAUCAUGGUUCACUGGUGCUGUCGAUAACGUCAUGCCCCAGCUGAAGCUGGUCAUGUAGAGUGUGUGUGUUUGUCAGGAAACCAGACAUAUCUAUAAGCUCAUGUUUUGUUUGUGUGCGUCUGAGCCCUCUCUAGUGUUGUGUCAUUUGUGAACGUGUCUUUCAAAAGAGUGAAUCUUUUGAGCGAAGGAGCUGAACUUCCAGAGAGUCCGCCAUGUUGUUCUACCGUAGCCCAGAACAAACAAACCUAACCCUGGCCAUUGUAGGUCACUAAAUCCUACAUACUAGACCUCACAGUAUAACCACAAAACAAAUUCAUGCUACAGAAAUGAAAACCUGAUACAACAAGAAUCUUAAAGUGCGAUCUGAGAGAGCAACAACCCGCUAUGGAGGUUUGUCUGAGUGUCUCAGUCUCUGUGUCUUCACAGCUCAGUGUGGGUUCGUCCUUGUGUGUGACUUGUUCAUCGGCUCAGUGUCCGUGCUUUGUGCUACUGGGUUAGCUCAGUGAACAACAAUCUCUCACUGAGUGGCAGCUCUCGCUUGUUCUUCAGCUCAGUGCAUGUGUGCCCAUGAACGACUAGUUCUUCAGCUGAAGUGGAGUCUGAACGAGAGUCUGGAGCAGCGUCUCUUAGGAGUUUACCUGGCUCUUAAGCACGACUGCACAUGCACUAUACACAAGCAGGAUUUUAGAUUCACGCCUACCUGCGAGUCGAGUCAACUUGUUCCUCUUUUAAGGGGAAUUACACCCAUGUUCAAAAUCCAUACAUUUAUUCCUAUGGUCUAAAACAGUGGUUCCCACCUGGUGGGUUACGGUCCAAAAGUGGAUCGUGGGUUCAUUCUGAAUGGACGGCAAGUGACUCGCAAAUGUGUCAAGUUUGUAAAAAAACACACCUGAUUUUAAAGUACAGUGAAUUACUGGCACUGAGCAUUUAUUUUUAGUUGCUGUUUCCUGCUGUAGAGUGAGUGACUAACAGACAGCUGUUGACAGAGACAUCAAACUAGCUUGACGACAUGGCCAAACGCACGUAUGACGUUGAAUGUAGGCCUAUUAAACUGUGUGGACCCUGUGGCUGAACCAGUUGGGAGCCACUGCGCAAACUGCUCACACUGAGAACACCCAGGGGAAUUUUCUGCAUUUUCUUUUCAGCACCCCUUAAAAACCCCUAAAUUAAGCUCAGCUGUGGGUAUAAAAAGACAACAAACGUUUUGUGAGUCCACAAAAUCAGACUCCCAUUAAUUGUCUGUGGAGCAGCUCCAGACUUUAUUCUUGAUGACAUCACAACUUUGAGACUUACCUCUGUGGUUUCUGGCUUUAGAGUAGCUCAUGUUCAGAAAUAUUGUAUGAAAUUUCCCGGGCCAUGGAAAUAUCAUACUGGAAUUCUUAAACUAGGUGGUGUUCCCCUUUAAGAGUCGUUCAAAAACAAUUAUUCGUCCGCGAAUGUAACAUAACUGCGACCCUUCAACUAAGGAUUGAAGUAAACCGUCUUGCCUUAAUGUCAGACUAACACAGACGUGAAUAAACAGAAAUUGAUGUGUGAUGUCCUACCUUACCUGAUCAGCAUGGGAGCUCAGAGCUCGGUGCAGCCCAGGUUACUCAUUAAAACGAUCCUGUGCUAGUGAUGCACUGGACUGAAGUUAGUUUUGUAUUGGGAAGAGGCUGGCGGGUGAGUAGUUUCUAUUUGUCCAUAGAGUGUAUAAUAAUAAUAAUGUAUAUACAGUCUAUAUUUCGGAAAGUACAACCAGCAUAUAUUUCAAUGCAGAGAAGACAAUGAAAAUAUGAUUUUAUUAUAAUU